AUGCAGAUUCCGAUUGUAAUAACGUACUACAAGAACCCGCACAGGUUCUGGUACAAGCAGUUCGGUGGGGGACCCCAGCGGCGGGACAACCGGCAAUUUCAGGCGGACUUGGACGAUUACUGUGCGAACCACUACGCUGCGCUGGUAGCAAAAACUAACCCGUGCUAUGAACCCGUACUCGGAGAGAUCGUAGCGGCCCUGGACCCGAUCCAGGACAAAUGGUUCCGGUGCCGUGUAGAUGGUAUCGGUAGCGACAACGGUAGCGCCGUGCCACAGAUGCGGCUGUGGGCAAUCGAUGAAGGCAUGCCGAAAGAGCUGAAUGCCGAGUAUUUGAUGUCUCUGCCGGAGAAGUUUUCCUCAAAACAUGCCACUAUCGCGCGGUGUGGUGGCGUGAAGAACAUUCUGCCGGCCGCACACGUGUUCGAUGCACAUGAAGAUCAACUGUGCAAGAGGACGUCCCCAAAGUGGGAUAAGUAUGUGGUUGGUGUCUUUAAGACAUUUCUUGAAGGCGCACAUCAAAUAUUCUUGGAUAACAUCGUAACUUACACGGUCGGCCGGGAGGAAGUGAGCUUUGGAGAACUGUCUGUUGUCACUCCGAAGCGAUCGACCAUGAGCGCGGAUCGCGUUCUGCUGGAGAUCGGAUUGGCACUUCAGGCGGACCCAAAAUCGUUUAUGAUAUAUAUGUCUGAUCACCAGGGAUCCGACAGUAGCUACUGUUCGUCGGAGGUCAACGAAUCGAUAGUACAACCGAGCGCUUCAUCGAAUAUGAUCAAAAAAGAGUCGUUGGGAAAACCAAUGAAUACUAGUGUGAAUGAAGUGAAUGAAAACGAUUUUGAUGAAUCAGCCAUACACUAUCAGGAUAAUAAGAAACAGAAGACCGUGCAACGUUACCGCAAAGAAACCCAAUCCGUACAAGAAGUUAACAAGGCUUCUCGAAACACACAGUCAGCCGCGAAAGGUUGCACGAAUGAUGGACCCCCCGUGAACUUCGAUCCUCCACUUCAUUCCGAUGACAAUGUAAAGCUGAGUGAACAACAAUUGAGCUUUAUCAACACAUUUGCGUCCGGCAAUGCCAGCACGGUUGGUCAAAACGGCUUACAAAUUGGUACAAGGAUCGACACUGGACCGGUUCCUGAAAAAGUUACUGUCUCCGAAGGAAGGCCACCGACUAGAAUAAUGAUGAUGGCAAAAAAGAAAAAGUCGUUGCAACCCAACGAUAGCAACGAUAAGCCGCAGACGAUCAAUUCUGCAGCGACUAAACCUCAGCAAACGCAACCGAAUCUAAAUGUUCCACCGCCUAAAAUAAUGCAAACGAAGGAACCCGACUCGGCACAAAAUAAGCCAAAGGGCAAUCAAAAGGCUGCAGCAACACCACCAGUGCAACAAACGGUUCCAAAAACACAUGACCAGCCCGUCGUCAAAGUGCCCGUCACCAAACCCAAUAAACCGUUUAAGAAAGUUGUCGAUGAAGAACAAUGCAUUCUGUCCCGUUUACAGUACAACCGUGUGCUGGUGCACCCUAAAUCCUCCAUGAAACCGAUCGAAGUGAUUGAAAAUGCAACGUUUAGCUCAGACGUCCACCGGCAGCUAGAAUCGAUGCGAUUCAGCACGCUGCACCGAAUGCAGACUUACGCUUGGCCCAACAUCAUGCGCGACAAUUCUUUGGUGUGUGUUAACGGGUACAGGACGGGCAAAACGUUCGCCUACAUGCCGGCGGUCUGUUCGAAAGUGAAGGAAUUGAUCGAAGAGAAGCUCUCUCCGGCCGGUGCAGGACCAGUCGGCAUCAUCAUCUGCCAUUCAUCGCGCGAAGUGCAACGGGUAGCGUACUUUUGCCGCACCAUGCUCAAUACGGAAAAGAACCAUCAUUUGGACGUCCACGAGUGCUAUAGUAAGCGCAAUGUGGUCAAAACUGGGCUGUUGUUGCUGAACUCCUGUGCUUUGCUUGUAACGACGGCUCCGUGCUACCGAUUGCUAUACGAUAGCAUGACGGAAGCCUUUUCCCGCGAACGCAUUCAGGUGGUAGUGAUCGACGAUCUGGAGGAAAUACUUCAACACUCGAGCUCCGAGUUUGUGUGGUUGUGGAAAAAAACCAGAAAACCCACCCUACAGAUGAUUGUAACGUCUUGCCUGUGGCAUCCGAUACUGGGCGACUUUGUGAAGCGCUACCAAAAUAUGGUCGUCUGCAUCGGGGCGUACAUCGAGGCGGCGGUUUACGCGGGCGCCCAGUUCCGGCUGCUCUACCAGCACCACGAUCAGAAGCGAGUCGAAUUGAUUCGAUAUCUUAAGCAGUACGACUACCGCAGAGAGCGGACGAUCGUGAUCGGUAACGAUGAUGGCGAUCUCGAUGAGAUUGUAGAAGCCGCUCGGCAGAGUUCGAUCAAUCCCCUUGUGUGCAACGAGCACACAACGGCCAGCAAGCUGGGCGGCUUUACGUCAUGGGAUAGUGAUCUUCCCGGGCGUAUGGUUGUGCUGAUCACUACUGAUUCAUUGUUGGGCGACUUGAAAGUGUCCAAUGCGCAGCACAUCAUCCACUACUCGCUGCCAGAAUCGUGGUCCACCUUCACACGCCGUUUCGCUACUGCGUUCGGUUACUACGAUACAUACCAAGAAGAAGCCGCUAACCAAGCAGCGAACACUCGCCCCACGACGCUUGUUCUACUGGAUGAAAAUAAUAGUAAGCAGCUACCGAAGUUGGUCGAGUUUUUGGAGCUUCACAAAAUACCGAUCCCCACGGAGAUUUCUGAGCUAGUGCAGAAAAUUCGCAGCUUACGCGAACAAGAGAAGGCAGCCGACGGAACGGCACGGUAUGCACUCUGUCAGCAGGUACUGCAGUUUGGCAGGUGUCGUACAACCCGAGAAUGCUCGAACCGGCACACCUUCACGAUCGACGAUCUUGCCGGCAAAGAGCUGCCUGCGGUCGGUUCGAUGGUGAAGUUGAAAAUAGUGAACAUUUUCUCGCCGGCACACUACAGCGCACGGCUUGAGGCUCAACGCAAUCCGACGGAGGACGACUGGCGUGUGGUAAAUGAUUCAAACGUCUUCCGAGGACACGAAAUUGCGAUGCAGUUGUACUACGCGAACGAAGAUCGCCACGAAACCCACGGCGCGGUAGUGAUUCACGAUCUGUGUGCCGUUUUCUACGACCACAACUACUGGCGCUGUAAGAUUUGCUCCUUCCAGCCAGGCGACGGUCCAUCCGCUGUGGGUUUGGUGCAGCUGCAGAUGAUCGAUACCGGGCGCAUUAUCAAAAGGAAACCGUCCGUUCUGCUGCACCUACCCGGAGAGUUUCGGAAGAUGCCAGGACAAGCGAUCGACAUACAGAUUGCCGGUCUAACACCACACGACGGUGAACAAGAUUGGGACAAAAAUGCCACGUUAACAGUGCAGAACUGGAUUAACGAUUAUACACACCGCGAAACGUUCCACGUUGAGGGCAGAGUGUUGUUGACGCUCAAGGGAAUCAUUUGGGUGGAUGAACUGCGGCUGGUUCAGCAGCUCGGGUGUUUAAAGACGGCAGUAACGGAGAUCAAAUUUAAGGCCAGCAUCAUUUCCAAACAGUUCGGAGUUGGUGACGAUGAACCGUUCCAGAAACUGCGCACUCUGGUCAGGUCCCUAGAGGUCCAACGCGAAAACUCGGCAGUUGACACUGAUGAGCGCUCUUCAUCCACCGACGACGAGGAUCGGCAUGUUGUGGAGGUCGCCGGGGAGCUAACGAAUCGCACAAUGAUGCCACAGGAGCAGCACGUCCAGUGUAAACCGGCCGAGGAAGCGAAAGAAGCAUUUAACGAGCCACCGUCAAUCGAAGCACCGACCAUUGUGGAAAGUACCAGAGAACCGGAGCAUUGCGCUCGCUCUCCUAGCUCGUCGAACAUUUCGAACGGUUCCUUUGAAAUAAUUGCUCCAUCGCGACCGGUCGGAAAGCACGAGUUUUCGGCCCUCGAACAAGGCCACUGCUACAACGUGACCAUCGCGAACUAUUAUGCACCGGACAAUUUUUAUCUCUACCGUUACGAUCAUUUCUCCGACGUUCUUCAGGCGAUCGACAGCUUCACGGCAAACCGAAACAAUCUAACGCCACUGAGGGACCCUGCCGUCGGAGACUAUUGUCUUGUGUACGUUGACGAUUCGCAUGAUUUUAAGCGCGCACAAGUUACCAGCGUGUCGGAAGAGAGAAUGUAUUUGCUUGAUUUCGGUUGUGAGCUACCGUGGAACAAGGAGGGCCUAUUCGAGCUGCCGGCCCCUCUUUUACAGUGUGCACCAUUCUGUGCCAUUAAGGCAAAGAUGGCCCAUCUUCACCCGAAGCAGAGUAAGUGCUGGACGGAAGAAACAAGCCUAGCCGUGUAUGACGAAGUACUGGACAAGUACAGUUCUGCCGGGUCAUUGCAUGCCAUCGUUGUGAGACCGAUAGAAGACCUAAAAUUGGACGCAACAAGCAUACCAGGGCAGCACUGCUACGAAGUGCUGCUUACCGAUGACAGCUCGAACGAUCCGUACUUGAUUAUCACUGAAAUUGUUGGCGAGAAAGGUUUGGCCUUUUAUAACGAGGAUAGCAAGGGGUUAGAGGACAGCGCCAUACCCGAUGGCGCAAAUGAUGAUGAUGAUGAUUCACCCUUGAUGCAGUGUAACUUCACGCAGGAAGAAACAACCUUUUGCAACCGACUGCUGGAGCAAAAAAAAGGUCUAAAGAAAUCACGAUCGAGCGCCGAACCUCGGAUUAUCCUUCCCCGACUCCAGUGUGACUACCGGUAUCCGCAAACGGUGUGGAAGCAGGACGACCACUUCGUCACCCUGCGAGUGUCCGCACCGGACGUUUCACGGUACGAUCUGGACGUUGACGUGGAUUCGCUUUUGCUGCAAUUCAUGUUGAACGACGGUGAUCGCUACCUGGUGUCGGUUAACCUGUUCCAACCGGUCGAUCCACAGCGAACGCAUCAUGAAAUCCGGGGACUUACGAUUGUGGUGCGGCUGGCGAAGCUCAUCCCCGGUAUGCGCUGGCACAAGCUGCUCAACCACUCAGCAAAGUUGCCGUGGCUUCGCAGUGCCCUGGAAGACCGUGAAGGCACCGAGUCCGCUAGCGGAGCAGAGGAAGCACGGAACCGUUGGAACAAUUUGCUUCCGGUAGAGCUCGAUAGUGCGGCGGAUCCGGAUAGCUGCUCGGAAGAAAUCGAUAGUAACGGAGAGGAGUUUGACAAUGUGACAGGCGAGAUGAGAUGAGAUGUUUUUUUAACGUUAACUAUGACGCGAAACCAACCAAGUUUGAGCUUUUAUUCCAUCGACCAGAAACAAUCUUCGCACGAACUUAGCGAGGAUGUACCAUGAACUUAACCUUGACCUUAACAAAUGUAAUCCAGACAAAAGCACGUUUACAAAACAGCACAUACAGAAAAUAGGUACUUUUUAUUUUCAAAAA